UUGAACAAGAUGGCUACCCCAGACUUCUCGACCUUUCGCAAUGUGAUCGCGGGAUCGCUCCGUUCCAGCCCGACCAUGGGUCACGGCAUUGACCCGUCAACCCGGAAGCCUUUGUGGGAUGUUCCUGUUGCCACAGGGUCGGAUCUUAAUGAUGCCGUGACAGCAGCCCAAAUUGCGUUCUUGGAGUGGUCGCAUCUGUCGUGGAAGGAUCGUCAGGCACAUCUACGCCAGAUCCAAUCACUUCUCUUUCAGCAUAGGCCAUCUAUGGCACGACUCAUUUCUUCUGAAGGUGGGAAGCCACCUCAAUUUGGUGAUCUCGAGGUCCAACACGCUUUGGACUUUCUCGAAUUCUACAGUGGAUGUGAGGAACCCAAGCCCGAGGUUGUCCAAGACGACAAAAGCCUGCGCCUGACCUUAUAUCAUGAGCCCUUGGGCGUUAUUGGUGCUAUCUGUCCAUGGAACUACCCUUUGGUGCUAGCCGUCGGAAAGAUUGCGCCAGCGCUGCUUACAGGUAAUUGUAUCAUUUUGAAGCCAUCGCCUUUCACACCCUAUAGUAUUCUGAAGCUUGUGGACAUCGUGAUGGACACCCUUCCUCCUGGGGUGUUGCAAGCCAUCCACGGCGACGACAAACUGGGACCUGCUCUAUGCAGUCAUUCAGGCAUCCAGAAGAUUACAUUCACUGGGUCCACAGCGACAGGCAAGAAGAUCUCAGCGUCUGCCGGCUUGAAAAAGGUCACUCUCGAGCUUGGAGGUAACAAUGCAAGCAUCAUUUGUCCUGACAUAAACAUAAGCGAGGUUGCUCCUCAGGUGGCUCUUGGUGCCUUUUUCAACUCUGGACAGCUGUGUGUGGCCAGCAAGCGGAUCUAUGUUCAUGGGGACAUAUACGAUGAGUUCCUCAAGGCAAUGGUGGACGUCGUCAAGAACUGGAAGGUCGGGCCCCCUUCCCUCGAGGGCGUUAUGCUGGGGCCUGUGCAGAAUGAGAUGCAGUACAACGUGGUUAGGUCCAUCUUCGAGGACACAGCCCGCAAUGGAUACAAGUUUGCACUCGGGGGGGACCAGAAGCCUGAUCCGAACAGCUUCUUAAUCUCACCUGCGAUAAUCGAUUGUCCGCCUGAUUCAUCCGCGGUCGUUCAGAAGGAAGCAUUCGGACCAAUCGUUCCUUUGCUGCGAUGGUCGAAUGAGGCCGAUCUUAUUGCGCGCGUGAACGAUACGUCUACAGGAUUGGGAGGCACUGUUUGGUCAAAGGAUCUCGACUACGCAUACCGGCUUGCAUCAAAGGUUGAAGCUGGUACCAUCUGGAUUAAUGGCUUCGAGAGACCCCUUCCUCAAGCAUACCUUGAAGGCCACAAGGAAUCAGGAAUAGGUGGAGAAUGGGGCAAGCACGGCAUCAAUUCCUAUCUCAAACGGAAGAUGAUCCAUCACUACAAGUCAUCGCCGCCUGUCGCCAAGCUAUAA